AUGAAUUCAUAACUACAUUUCAAUGUGGUCAGAGUGGAUAAAGAAAGUUAGAAUUCUAAAUUUAUUCAGUAUAAGCUUUAAAAGAGUAGAUGAAGUUCCAAGAAAUUUUAGAUUUUUGUGAGAUGACUUAAAAGAUGUUUGAAGAAUAAUUUAGUAAGCAACCAAAAAAUUUGUAGAUUAAACAAUAUCUAAUUAUGGGAUUAAAAAGGGAACUGUUAAUUAUUACUUUAUAAAAAAUGAAUUAGACAAAGAAUUAAAAUAUUUAAUUGAACAAUAAUGUAGUUUCUAACUAUUUCUAUAAAUUAGCUUUUGCAUUAGAAAAACUAGAUAAAUUUGAUUAGGCAAUUGACUUAUGGGAUAGAGCAAUUAAAAUUGAUAAGAAGAAUUAAUACAAUUAUGAAUAAAAAUGUAUAAUAAAUUACAGUUAUUCAUUUAGCAAUUAUCCUAGAAAGAUUGGGAAGAUAUGAUUAAUUAAUAGAAUGCUGGAAUUAAGCAGUUUAAUUCAAUAAGAAUAACAUUCACUUUUAUCAUUAAAAGGGUAUAUCAUUAUGUAUAUUAAUUUCAGCAUAAGCAUUAAAAAAAAUGAAUAGACAUUAAGAAGUUAUAGAAUGUUGGCAUCAAGGAAUUAUAAAUAAUAUAAGUAAUCUCCAAUUUUAUUCAUAAAAAUGUUCAUACCUUCAUUAUUUUAAUAGCUAUUGAUCUAAUAAAAUAAAAUAGAAUCGAAGAAGCACUUUGUUGUUGGGACUUUGGAAUACAAAACAACAAAACAGACGCUUAAUACUAUAUACAAAAAAGUGAGAAUAAUAAUUUUAUCAUUUUCAGUUUUAGUUUUAGAGAGUUAAGGGAAACUUUAGGAAGUUAUAGAAUGUUGGGACAUUGGAAUCAAAUUCAAUAUCCAUAAUGAAUUAUUCUAUUGUUAAAAAGGUAAAUUAUGAUAACAAUUUUAGUUAUGGCCUUAGAGAAAUAAGGUAAAAUCAAUGAAAUCAUAGAUUGUUGGAAUUUAGGAAUCUAAAAUAAUAAAACCCUUAGUUACUACUAUGAAUAAUUAUGUAUUAGAUUAAUUUCGAUUAUUUAGCUUCUUUCUUAGAAAAAAUUGGAAAAUUGGAUGAGAUGAUGAAUUGUUGGAAUUUAGCUAUCAUAAAUAAUAAAAAUAAUUUAUACUUUUAUUAAUAAAGUGGUAUUAUUAUCAUUUAUUGAAUAGCACAGUUACUACUAAAGCUAGGUCGAAUAUAAGAAGCAAUUGAUUUAUGGGAUUAAGGGAUAAAAAGUAAUAGAAAUUCAGUAGAAUUUUAUUAAGAGAAAGGUAAAGGAGAAAUGUAUGUUUAGUGAUUCUUUUAGAAAAAUAAGGUCAAUAUUUGUAAAUUAUAGAUUGUUGGAAUUAAGGAAUUGAAAACAAUAAGAAAAAUUAAUAUUUUUAUUAACAAAAAAGUAUGAUUACUUGAAAAUCAAUAUUUAAGCAAAUGCAUUAGAGAAGAUAGUAGACUUUGAGUCUGCUUUAAGAUGUUGGGAUGAAGGAAUUUAAAAUAAUAAAUAGAAAAAGUUUUAUUAUAAAUAAAAAGGUAAAAAAAAAAGAAUAUAUUUUAAGCAAAUACUUUACAUAAAUUGGGAAGAAUUGAUGAAUUAUUAUAAUUAUGGGACUUAGGGAUUAAAAAUAAUAUUUAUGAUGAUUAUUUUUAUAGGAAAAAAGGUAGGUUUAUUUGAUGAUAUUAUAAAGCAAAUGUGUUAGAUUAAUUAGGAAGAUCAGAUGAAGUGCUAGAAUGUUGGAAUAUUGGAAUAGAUAAUAACAAAAAUCAAGUUAUAUAUUAUGAAUAAUUAUGUAUGAAUUAUGUGUAAUAUAAAGGUAAAUACAUAUUAGAAAGUAAAAGGGAGAUGAAAGAUUAAGAAUUAAUGUAAAUAUUGAAUUUAGGAAUUAAAAAUAAUAUGAGUCAUAUAAUCUUUUAUCAAUUAAAAGGUAUAAAUAAUAAUAUUGUUAAGUAAACUUAUUAUAAAAUUAAAAUAAAUAAGAAUAAGUUAUUGAGUGUUGGUAAUAAGGUGUUAAUAGUAGUCAUAGUGUAUUUAAGGCAGAAUUUUAGUUUAAAUUAAGUUGAUAUAAUAUGUAAUAUUAAGGUAAAACNUCUAUUGUUAAAAAGGUAAAUUAUGAUAACAAUUUUAGUUAUGGCCUUAGAGAAAUAAGGUAAAAUCAAUGAAAUCAUAGAUUGUUGGAAUUUAGGAAUCUAAAAUAAUAAAACCCUUAGUUACUACUAUGAAUAAUUAUGUAUUAGAUUAAUUUCGAUUAUUUAGCUUCUUUCUUAGAAAAAAUUGGAAAAUUGGAUGAGAUGAUGAAUUGUUGGAAUUUAGCUAUCAUAAAUAAUAAAAAUAAUUUAUACUUUUAUUAAUAAAGUGGUAUUAUUAUCAUUUAUUGAAUAGCACAGUUACUACUAAAGCUAGGUCGAAUAUAAGAAGCAAUUGAUUUAUGGGAUUAAGGGAUAAAAAGUAAUAGAAAUUCAGUAGAAUUUUAUUAAGAGAAAGGUAAAGGAGAAAUGUAUGUUUAGUGAUUCUUUUAGAAAAAUAAGGUCAAUAUUUGUAAAUUAUAGAUUGUUGGAAUUAAGGAAUUGAAAACAAUAAGAAAAAUUAAUAUUUUUAUUAACAAAAAAGUAUGAUUACUUGAAAAUCAAUAUUUAAGCAAAUGCAUUAGAGAAGAUAGUAGACUUUGAGUCUGCUUUAAGAUGUUGGGAUGAAGGAAUUUAAAAUAAUAAAUAGAAAAAGUUUUAUUAUAAAUAAAAAGGUAAAAAAAAAAGAAUAUAUUUUAAGCAAAUACUUUACAUAAAUUGGGAAGAAUUGAUGAAUUAUUAUAAUUAUGGGACUUAGGGAUUAAAAAUAAUAUUUAUGAUGAUUAUUUUUAUAGGAAAAAAGGUAGGUUUAUUUGAUGAUAUUAUAAAGCAAAUGUGUUAGAUUAAUUAGGAAGAUCAGAUGAAGUGCUAGAAUGUUGGAAUAUUGGAAUAGAUAAUAACAAAAAUCAAGUUAUAUAUUAUGAAUAAUUAUGUAUGAAUUAUGUGUAAUAUAAAGGUAAAUACAUAUUAGAAAGUAAAAGGGAGAUGA